GGGCGGUCGUGGCCGUGGAAGGGAAAGCAACUUAGGCCGCAGGGCACUGUCCUCGUCAGACGAAGACGCACCAUCGCUUUCCACCGCCCUUCUAGCCAGCAACACUAUUGAACACCAAGGCCAAUCCAAUCAAGUAUCAACGCCUGAUUCGCCAGCGGCGGAGCCCACCACCAUAGACGUAGCAACUGGUGACUCGGAACCGACAGCUGCAACACCGAGCAUCACGUAUCGCGACUGGCUGCCACCUCUUCCUGGGGAUUGGGGGGGCACAGUAGACCCGCACGGAAUCAAGGAACCCGACGUGUAUGGCGCGCUGUUCUCCUUUAUCAUCAUCGCCGGCCUCAGCGUCGGUGUGCACCAACUGAUCAAACUUGCAGAGCCACGGCGGCCCGAGCGGCCGUUGAUGCGGCUGCCGCAGGUGGUGGUGGCGGUGGCGUCCACUCCCCGCACCCGCGGUGCGCUGCGGCCCUCCCUGCCGGCCAGCACACCGGAGGCAACCGCCGCCGCCGCCGCGGAGGAGGGGAAGGAGCUCCAGCAGAAUAAUAGCCCAGAGGUUACACCAAAUGCGGCGGCGGAGGCGCCCUCAGCGGUGGGCACCGUCCCUGCACAGCCAUCCCGCGAAGACGCCAGCAGCUCGGGAGCAGCUGGGGAUGCCGCAGCUGCUGCGGAGUCCGUCCAGCGAGAGGACCCGGGGUCUGAGGCUGCCAGCGGCGCUGUUGCGGCCCGCAGGUCAGAGGAGGGCGGGGCCGCGCAGCCCGAGGUGUCGGGCUCCGAGGAGGCGUCCGAGGAGGUAUCAGAGGCCGCUGGGUCGCGCCCGCAGGAGCAGCCGCAGCAGGAGCAGGAUGCCCCAAGCGUUUCCGCGCAGCAGCAGCCGUAUCAGUCGGCGGCUAGUGCCGGCAUCGCUGCGGGUUCAGAGCAGGCGCCACUGGGAACAACGCCCAGCAGUGCUCGGGCAGGAGCCCUGGGUGCUGCCGCAGACCGCGACAUGGCGGGGAGGGAGCCGGGCGAGAGGGGCGGUGAAAGCUCGGUUUCUACAGCUGCUUCGGAUGCUGCGGAGCCUCCUACCGGCAUGGGAGCCGUUGUCCCUGCGGCUCCCAUGCCGCAGUUGCUGCCGCUCCCCGCCCCGCCAGAAGCGGUCGGACGCAGAAGCAGCUCAUCUGCGGAGGCGGCCCGGCAAGCCGCCCAACCGGGCCCUGGGCCGGGGUCCAGUGCGGCUGCUGCUGCUGCUGGCUUCACGAUGCCCCGCAUGCCCAGCCCCUUCAGCGGAGCCAGCUUCUUCGGCGUCGGCAGCGCUACUCCAGCUGCAGCACCGGUAGCAGCACCCGCGCUCGCACCCGCGGCGCCGUCUCAGGUAUCGCUGCCCUCCGUGCGUCCCGAGCCGCUGAGCCGGGCUCCGGACAGCUCCGCCCUGGCGCACCUGCCCACGGACUCCUCGCUGGGCAGCCUGCGCGAGCGCUCCCAGCUGGCACUGCGCGCGGCGGCCUCAGCGAGCGAGGCGUCGCAGCGGGCAGCGGCGUACGCGGCUGCGGCCAGCAGCGCGGCAUCCCGGGCGGCAGAGGCGGCGGAGCGGGCGGCAACCGCUGCUGCGGUGGCGCAGGCUGGGCUUGAAAACGCGACUGAGAGUGCGAUUGUGGCAGCAGAGGCGCGCGUGGCACAGGCGCAAGAGGCGGCGAAGGAGGCGGAGUGGCGUGCUGCCAGUGCCGCGGCGCAUGCGACGGCCUACCAGGACAUGUCGCAGCUUCAGGCCGAUAUCGCCGAGCGCGCCUCGACAGUGGCCAAGCCCGCCCCGCCCGGACCCCUCAGCCAGCUACAGCAGCUCUGGCGCAGCGCCAGCUCCGCCUUCACGCAAGCCCACAAC